AUGGAGGACAAACUGGUGCUGGCUCUGGCCGUGUUGGUGGUGGUCGUCGUCGUCUCCAAGCUGGUAUCGUAUGCCACGAGGCCGAGGCUGAACCUUCCGCCGGGGCCAUGGACGCUGCCGGUGAUCGGCAGCAUCCACCACCUCGUCGGGGGCCACAGCAUCCAGCGGUCGAUGCAGAGGCUCGCCGAGAAGCACGGGCCCCUCAUGAAGAUAUGGCUCGGCGAGGUCUUCGCGGUGGUCGUGUCGUCGCCGGAGGCGGCGCAGGAGAUCAUGAAGACCCACGACGUCGUGUUCGCCGACCGGUUCGUCAGCACCACCGUCGGGACGAUCACCUUCGGCGGGAGCGACCUCGCCUGGGCACCCUACGGCGAGCGGUGGCGGCAGCUCCGCAAGCUCUGCACGCUGGAGCUGCUGACCGCCGCGCGGGUGAGGUCGUUCCGGCGCAUCCGCGAGGAGGAGGUGGCGCGCCUCGUGCGGGACCUGGCCGCGUCCGCCGCCGCCGGCGAGGCCGUGAACCUGAGCGACAAGAUGGCCAAGCUCGUCAACGACAUCAUCGUGAGGUGCUGCGUCGGCGGCCGGAGCAAGCACCGCGACGAGUUCCUCGACGCCCUCCGCACCGCCCUGGACCAGACGACAUGGCUGACCGUCGCCGACAUCUUCCCGUCGAGCAAGCUCGCGCGGAUGCUCGGCGCCGCGCCGCGCAAGGCGCUCGCCUGCCGGAAGAAGAUAGAGCACAUCUUGGAGCAGAUCAUUCAAGAAAGGAGGGAAAUCAUGGACAGGAGCAGCGGCGACGGCGGCGAGGCGGCGGCCGGGAGCGAGUGCUUCGUCGACGUCCUUCUGAGGCUUCAGAAGGAAGGCGACACGCCAAUCCCAAUUACCAACGAAAUCAUCGUCGUGCUCUUAUUCGAUAUAGUUUCGGGAGGUAGCGAGACAUCAAGUAUCACACUAAAUUGGAUCAUGGCAGAUCUCAUUCAAACACCAAGAGUAAUGGCAAAAGUGUGUGAUGAGGUACGUAAGACGUUUCAAGGAAAGAACAAUAUAACAGAGGAUGAUAGUGUCAGUGGACUAACCUAUCUUAAGAUGGUGACUAAGGAAUCGUUGAGGAUGCAUUGCCCAGUGCCCCUUUUAGGCACUCGUAAAUGUCGUGAGACAUGCAAAAUUAUGGGCUAUGACAUACCAAAGGACACAACCAUAUUUGUCAAUGCAUGGGCGAUAUGUAGGGAUCCGAAAUAUUGGGACGAUACUGAUAAGUUUAAGCCAGAGAGAUUCGAGAAUAAUAAUAUAGACUAUAAGGGAAACAAUUUUGAAUUUCUUCCAUUUGGAUCGGGCCGUAGAAUGUGUGCAGGCAUAAAUCUUGGCAUGGCGAAUGUAGAGCUCCCCUUGGCUAGCAUUCUAUAUCAUUUUGACUGGAAGUUGCCCAAUGGAAUGUUGCCCGAAGACGUUGACAUGCAGGAGGUGCCUGGGCUACUUGCAAAUAGACGUACUAGCUUAACUUUGUUCCCAGUUACACGUGUUGCUCCUAGAGACACAUAAGUAACUGCAUAAAUAGAUCAUGUAUCCUUUGUGGUAGCAGGCAAAAUGAAUAUGUAUGUGGCUUAUUCGAGCUACAUAUACAUAUCAAAUAAGGUGUUAUAAAAUGUGGUUUUAUAUAUUAUGGUUUCCACAUUGACAAGACCAGUCAGGUAAAGUAUUUUCACAUACAAGUUUGUGUUGUACAGAUCACCUAUCUGAAA